CAGCAUCUUGUGCAGCAACACUUGCAUCAACAGUUGUGGYAGAAGCCCUAGCUGCAACGCCAGUUGUUGCAGUAAAAACAACCACAACAGUUUGUGAUAACUUGUGGCAGCAGCAGAGGCGUCGGGCAARAGCUUGUGUGCACUUUUAGCAAUGGAAGGGRCAUCAGCAUCUGCGGGCGAAGAGCGUGCAACGGGAAGAGGGACAGGGGAGUUCCUUGCGGACCCGAAACACGCAUGGAAGCCGGGAGACCACUGCGUGUGRAAUUGGUUGGCACGCGGAAGGUCAACAGGGGSGAAAAGCCAUGGCGGGAAGCAGAUGAAGUGCCUCCUGUGUGGACUUGUGUUCCCAGGCAACCGCGCAYGAGGGCUUGAACACUUCACGAAGAAGAGGCCGGCGUUGCGGUGCCCGAAUGCCACCAUAGCUAUCUACAGGAGGCUGCGUGCUGCGAAUGUGGAGUUGCCACUUGACGUCGAGGAGAUGUUGCAGCGGGAGGAUGAGGCUGCAGCACAGACCGUUCCAAAUCUCCCUCUUCCUGCCAUUUGUGCCGCUGAUGACGUGGGUGGCGGACCUGGUGUGGAACAGCGGGAAGAGGGACCGACAAUGACAGGUGCAACUAUGACAGAGGUCACAAGGAGAUCAGCACCAGCGAGGAGACAAAGGCAGAUGCCUAUAGAUCGAUAUGUCCGCAACCCGCGCCAGCGGGAGAUUGAUUUAGCUGCCAUGGACCUCUUCGCACAAAAUGCCAUACCAUUCAAUGUGGCAAAGAGCAGCAGUUGGAAAAAAUUCUGUGAACUGUGCUUCGGGCCACAAUCCGCAGCUCGCUGUCCAUUAAAGCAUGUCCCGUAUAACGCACUACGGGAAGAACUCCUGGACUCCAGGAAACAGACGUACUUGGAGCGAGAGGCUAAACUACGGGUUGACUGGGAGAAGACGGGAUGUACGCUCAUCACAGAUGGCACCACUGACAUAUGCGGUCGCUCUCUGCUGAACUACAUCCUCGCAAGGAGAGACAGACCAGUCUUCAUCAAAUGUGAUCAUGUCAAGAGAAAAGACAAGAACUCUGCUGCAAUGCUUGAGUCGUGGAAGACGUUCCUGAGGGAGAACAGGCAGGCCACAGCUAUUUGCACUGACUCCUUCGCUUCAAACAAGGCAGCUGCAGAGGCCUUGGGUAAGGAUCCGAAGUUUGCAUAUAUCUACUGGAUCCCGUGCACUGCACACUGCAUGGAUUUGUUCCUUCAUGAUUUGGGGGGGAUGACAUGGGCAAAGAAGAUCCUUGACGAAGCAAAUGAAGUCGUCAAGUUCUUCAGGAUUCACAGCGCCCCACGGGAGAUGCUUUUUGGGCAUGGCAAGACUGUCCUAAAGAGGCCACAGACAACGAGAUUUGGGACAAACUUCAUCAUGCUGGAACGGUUGAAGGAGAAAGAGGCGCGAGUGAAAGAUACAGUCAACAACAUGGAGUGGGAAGAGAUGCAGUGGCCGUACGCCAUUCGGGAUAAGGCGUUGCUUGUUGAGAGAUUGGUGCAGUCUACGUAUUUUUGGAAUGAUGUUCGAAUGAUGUUCAAUUUGAUGGAGGGGGCGUUCUCGAUAUUGCGGAUGGUUGAUCGUGAUGUGCACUGCAUCUCCCGUGUUUAUGACGCAGCAGUGGCGUUGAAGAAUUGUGUGCUUGCAGCUCCGUUGACAGAGGGACAACGUGUUGAAGUGUUGAAGGCCGUGUCGAACAGGACGGAUCAGCUCCUCAGCCCUGUGCACGCAGUUGCGAGAUUGCUUGAUCCCAAUUUGCGUGACAGAGGAGUAUUCAGCGAUCUGACAUUGAUGACCCAAUUUCGAGGCGUUGUGGAGCAUCUCGUAGGCGCUCGGGGGACACCGCAGUACCAGGAGUGCGUUGACUUCUUGUAUGCGUUCCAAAGGGAGCAAGGAAUCUUUGGAGAUCCAGAGGUGCAGCGUCGUGGAAGGUUGGACAAUGCAUUGGAUUGCAGAAGUGGCGGCACCAACAAUAGCACCAGCACCAGCAACAACAAGAGCAGCAGCGUCAGCAACAGCGACAACAGUAGCACUGACAGCAACAGCGACAAUGGCAAGAAGCGCAACUGCACUGACAGUAGCAACAACAACGACAACAGCAACAGCAACAGCAACAGCAGUAGCAGCAACAAGCGCAACUGCACCAGCAGCAACAACAACAUCGAUUGUAGCAACAACAGCAUCAUCAGGAGCGCCACCAGCAAGAACAAUAGCAGCGGCAACAAUGGCAACAAGCGCAACAACAUCAGCAGCAGCAACAACAACGGGAGCAGCACCAGUGGCAUCAAUAGCAGCAGCAGCAUCAACAGCAGCAACAGCAGCAGUAGCAACAUCCGCAACAGCGGCAGCACCACCAUCAACAACAGAAGCAGCAGCAACAACAACAGCAAGCACAACAGCGGAAGUAGCAAGAACAACAACAAGAGUAGAAGUAGCAACAACACCAACAGAGAUGCAGCACCAGCAACAACAUCAAAGGCAACGCGAGCGGCAGCAACAGCAACAGCAGCGAGCUCAACAGCAGCACCUGUUGGAGGAGCAGCAACACUUGCAGCAGGGGGUGCAUGAGCAGGAGAAGCAACCGCACGAGCCGCAAACCCUGCCACUUCAGCUGAUAUGCUGCUGAAGAACUCAAAGAUUUCCUACAAGUUGUCAGUCUGUAAGUCUUCUUCUUCUUCUUCUUCUUCUUCUCCAUCUUAUCAGUCUUCUUCUUCUUCUUGUCAGUCUGUUUCAUUUUUUGUCAGUCUUGUUCUUCUUCAGAACACAUGCAUGAAGCAGACAUCAGAGCAGCAGGCAACAAACAUGCAGAGCCCCC